GGCUAACCUCUUUCUCCUUUCUAUGCUUGGUUUACGACACGUGUUUAAUUCUCUCCGCUUACCAACACGCUGUCUUCUCCGGCGGAAUAAACUCUUCUCUUUGCCAAAUCGUCAAAAAAGAUUGUUUAUUAGCUCUUAUCGAACGAUGUCUUACACAAUAAUUGAAAGGGGUAGUCCAAAUACUCUAGGAUAUAGGAUUUUUUAUACUGAUGAAAAUGGGCCCAUCUCACCUUUUCAUGAUAUCCCGUUAUUUGCGGAUAAAGAAAAUAAAAUCUAUAAUAUGAUAGUGGAAGUUCCAAGAUGGACAAAUGCAAAGAUGGAGAUUGCAACAAAAGAGGCCCUGAAUCCAAUCAAGCAAGAUACCAAAAAGGGCCAACUUCGAUAUGUUCACAAUUGUUUCCCACAUCAUGGUUAUAUUUGGAAUUAUGGUGCUUUGCCACAAACAUGGGAAGACCCUAACCAUACUGAUGAAUCAACUGGUUGUAAAGGUGAUAAUGAUCCCAUUGAUGUCUGUGAAAUUGGCUUUAGAGUUGCAAAGCGAGGAGAUGUUCUGCAGGUGAAAAUUUUGGGAGUCAUGGCCCUAAUUGAUGAAGGAGAGACUGAUUGGAAGUUAAUAGCUAUUGAUAUUAAUGACCCAUUGGCUGAAGAGCUUAAUGACAUUGAAGAUGUUGAAAAACAUAUGCCAGGAUUCUUGAGGGCUACUCACGAAUGGUUCAGGAUAUAUAAAAUGCCUGCCGGUAAUCCUGAAAACAAAUUUGCCUUUAAUGGAGAAGCUAAAAAUAGGGAAUUUGCUGAAAAAAUAAUUGACGAAACUCACCAAUAUUGGCAAAAACUAAUUAAAGGUGAAGCAGAUGCCAGUGGUCUUAACUGCUCUACUGUUACCCUUGAAGACAGUCCCAAUAAAAUGGACGUGAUAAAUGCAUUGACUGUUCUUCAGCAAACAGAAGAACCAGGACCAGCCCAAGACAUUGAUCCUAUUGUUGACAAAUGGCACUUUGUCCAGUUGAAAUAAAUUAAAAUUGCAAAAUGGAGCCAAGAUAUCCAAGAGGCAAGAUAAUCUAUGAAAAGAGAAACAUAAUGACUGCUAUUUCAAAUGCCUGUGAUAUAAAGUAAAAGUAGUGCAUCUAAAUUUAAACUUUGUAUCAAGUCAAAGAAUUGCCUGAAUUCAUUAUUUAUGUAAUCAUUUUUAAUAUAGAAACCCAUUCAAAAUCAUUGUAUGAACAUUGUUUUCUUUAGAUGUGUUGAAAAAUAGUAAUUUAUUAUUUCAAAGAAAUGCUAGACAUUAUAAUUCUGUUAAUAUAUGUUCUGAACUUCAACCUCAAUUGUAUAAUUUAUAUAUGUAUGUUUGUAAUGAUACUGUUUUUGUACAAUCACUGAAUGUUUUUCAAUUUACUUAUUUUCUGUGAAAAAUAUAUUCCUAUAAAUUUAUGUGCUUUAUCUUAUAUAGAUUAAACAUAUAUGAUUUUUAAGACAUAUAAAUUUUAUUUAAGUUUUUCUUCUGUAUAAUUGUAAUCAAAUUCUAUUGAAAGAGAUAAUUUUUUUAUCAAAUUUUAUAGAUAUAUCAAAAUUAUUUUUGCCAAAUCUGCAAUAUUUUGGAGUAAAAAAAUUUUCUUUCUUGUAAACCUUGUAUUUUAUAUUUGUUUUUAAAUUGCUCUCUGAUGGAUUUCUUCUGGUUGUGAAAAUUAGCCAUGACAUUUUGAAUUAUAUUUUUUAGGCGAAAAAACAAUGUGCUACCAUUUUCCAUUCUGUAUGGGAAAACAAUAAAAUAUUAAAUUAUAAUCA